AAUAAUUUCAAUCCCAAAGAUAUAAUGCAGAGAAUCAUUUUAAGCUCCACCUUACGUGUCGCCCGUACCACCAUUGGCCGUCGUGCCUACGGUGCCAACCCAACUGGCUUCAACCCGGCCUUUCCAGAUACCAACACCAAGGCCAUUUUGGGUGCUGCAAUCCUUUUUACCGGCUGGGCUGUCGUUUUCUCCAAGGGUGACAACAAUGUGCCGUUCUCGAGCCCAACCGAAGUGUUGAACAAGCCAGGUACCGGUGAGGCCAACGAAGAUGAUGAUGAUGACGAGUAAGCGAGAUUUACAUAAAGAGCUAUAUGAAGUCUCAAUAAAAGGAAGCAGGGUGGUGAUACCUAAACCCCCCUUUAUUUAUUUGCAAAGUUGAAAGUCUGAGAUGCCACAUUGUAGGAAUUUGUUAAUGAAAUACCGUGGCCAUACUAUGUGAUAAUUUAGUUCAUGUUGAUAGCGUCCUGAACUGGAAAUCAGGUUCAAACCUCUGGAUCCACUAGCGCUGGACCCUAACAUAGAACUUCAUCCCCAGAGCUAGGUUUGGUUGACUUUUGGGGCAUUGCAUAAGAACUAUCAUUGUUUACUCAUAGAAAAAUUCUUCUCGAUAGACGUUGACACC